AUGGGGUACACGGGCGCUCCUGGCCUCUCGACGCAGCUCAAGAACGCGUACACACGUGUGAUCCUGCGGUAUGAAGAGUUCCAGCGGCACGUCAAGGCGUCUCCCGCGCUCGCGCCUACCUCCACUGCUGCGCGUGAUCCUGACUCUCGCACGCACGCGCCGCCGCAGGCUAGUGCGUCUUGGACUGCUGCGAGUACGGCGACGGCGGUCUCUACUAUUACAGCGAGUUUCACCGUGGUGGCGCCCGAGAACCCGCUUUCGGAUGACUUGUCUGAGAUUGAGGUUGAGGACGACAAGCCGGUGUCGGCGUCGCGAUCCAGGAGAUCUACGAGGGGGUCCUCGCUUGACAUGACUCCGUCGAAGAAACCUAUGUCAACUGCCGUCCCGCCACCACAACCUGCAAAGAUUGCUACCACUCACGCCGAUAGGGACCGUGAAUCUGACGAGGAGUCGGGCGAGCAAACGUGCGAAGUCUUCCAUAGCAAUGGGAACGGCAAUGAGAUGUUACUCUGCGACGGUUGCGACUGUGGUACGCACCCUCCGGAUCAGGCGAAGCACGACCCCGGCGACGCCGUUGCAUAUAAGUACGGCGAGGUGACCGUCAUGGAUAAUGACGUCGAGAACGAGUUCUGGAGGCUCGGGGAGGAUCCAAACGAUACGGUCGAUGUUGAUCCGACGCCGGAGACGCAUCCGAGUAACCCGUACGCCAAGGACCCAUGGAACCUGAACAGCAUGUUCAUUUUACCGGACUCAUUGCUGCGCUACAUCAAGAGUGACAUCACGAGCAUGACGGUGCUGUGGAUCUACGUCGGCACGGUGUUCUCGACGUUCUACUCGCAUAACGAGGACCAUCACACUUACGGCGUCAACUUCAUGCACUGGGGCGAGACGAAGACGUGGUACGGGAUGCCGGGCGCGGACACGCAGAAGUUUGAGGCCGCCAUCAAGAGCGAGGCGCCCGGCAUCUUUGAAGCGCAGCCUGACUUGCUGUUUCAACUCGUCACACUCAUGAAACCGGAUCGUCUACCACAUUCCCGAAGGCGUGACACGCAGGGGUUGCACUUCAACGAGGCUGUCAUCUUUGCGCUUCCCGACUGGCUUGACUUUGGGUGCGAAUGUAUCCAGCGCUACCGCGAGCACCGGAAGCAGCCCGUGUUCUCUCACGACGAGCUGCUUAUUACAAUCACGUAUCAUUCGCAGACCAUCGCGACUGCGAUGUGGUUGAAGGAUAGUCUACUGGAGAUGACCAACCGUGAACGCGCGAACCAGGCGAAAGUGCGCUCGCUGAAGCUGCAAGAGGUGCUAGAGCAAGAAGAUCGGCCCGAAGACCAGUACCGAUGCACGGUCUGCAAGGUGUUCUGCUACCUCUCGCAGAUCACCUGCGGCUGCACCAAUAGCGUUGUCUGCGCCGACCACGCCGACCAGCUCUGCUCGUGCGCGACGGACCAACGCGCGCUCCGCCUUCGGUUCUCCGACGCUGAGGUAUCGGCUACAGCUGUCACCAUCGAGGAGCGCGCUCAUGCACCCGUGGAAUGGGUCGGUCGUCUCAACGCACCCACUAGACGGACUCGAGGCUCUCGCCAAGUUCACACCUUCGAAGCAAGCCGCUCGGUGGGUUCCGCAAAUGCGAUCCUCAAGCGCAAGCCCAGCGUCAACGGCACAUCGUCUCGAUCCGCCAACACUCCAACACUCGCCUACGUACAACAUCUCAUGAUCACUACGCGCAAGCUCGGCUUCGAGACGCCGGAGAUCGCGAGCUUGGAGAAGGCGUCUGUUCUCAACAUCGCCAUACCUGCAGUAGAUGAACUCGCGAAUCUCCUCCAGAGGGAGGAAGUGCCGAGCGAGCUCUGCAUCGAGGUUGAGGACAAUGCAAUGAGCGUGAUCGAGGUCUCUACGUCGCUCGCGCGAGUCGCAAGCUCGAAAAGACAGAGUUGGGAGGAGCGCGCGCGCCAUGUACUUCCUCAGCCGUGCAGGACCAUCGACGAACUCGCGUGCUUUCUGGACACUGAGACGACGAUUUACAUCGAAGUCGCUACAGAAACGCGCCUCAAGGAGGCCCUUGGACGCGCUCGCAAGUACGAGUCGCAGGCGAAAGUCUGGAGGGAUUGUCAAGCAUACCCGCAGAAGCCGUCGCUCAGCGAGGUCGAGCAGAUGGUGACCGCGUCGCAGAAAGAGUUCAGCAUCGCUGCUGUCGACGAGGUGAAGGACCUGCUCAACCGCGCGAAGGGCAUCGAGGGCAAGUGCGACGAGGCGCUCAAUCGACGUUACAAGCUCAACUAUACGGAGGACUUGUUCGACAUCGUGCAGAAGUAG